GCUGAACUGGUCUCUCAUGAUGCGGCUGUACUUUCUCCUCAGUGCUUUGGCUUUCAUCGGAGGUUUCACCAGUGUUCGAGGGUACGUUGAAGGCACGGAGUAUCACUACCAUUACUAUGGCCGGAUGACAAGUGGUUUUCCUGGGGCAUCGCCCCAACACUCCGGACUGGUUUUCGAUUCUGAAGUGGUUAUUCAGUCAUAUUCAGAUUACAGUGUCGUGAAGUUUAACCACUUCAAUGUUGAUAUAGUGAACAAACGUAUGGAAGACUUUGAACAUUCUCAAUAUCAGUUCCUGUCAGAAGAGGCAUUGACAAAACCUAUUACUAAACCCUUCAAAAUCUACUUUCACAAGGGUCGUAUCGUCAAGUUUGAAGUGAGCAGGGAUGAGCCUGAAUGGGCAGUCAACAUUAAGAAGGGUUUCAUGAGUAUUUUUCACUUAGAUUUUGAGCAAGAUAAUCCCAUCAACAUCCAGAAUCCGAAUCGAUUCACCAAGCCAAAUCCAGAAAGUCAGUACUACCGUGUAAUGGAGGAUGGAAUUGGUGGGAAAUGUGAAACUAUGUACAAAAUAAGUUCCGAGCCUUACUACCUAACUCCUCAUAAUAACAAUGUACUGAAUGUCACCAAGUCCAGAAACUACGAACACUGCACUGACAGGCCUUAUAGGUACUACAUCAGUGUCAAAGGAUACAAGUGUGUCAACUGUGAAAGCAAGAAAACAUAUCCCAUUCACUCAAAUGCCAUUUAUCAUUACAACAUCCGAGGAGAUCGUUACAACUACGUUAUUGAGCACGUAGUUGGUGAAGGAGAAGUACUCUUUUCCCCUUCUUUGACGAACGGGCAAACUACUGAACUGUCUCUGAACCGUACACUACAUUUGAAGGAAGAAAAGAAGAUUGAGAAGAAAUUUCACAUCAUCAGCGAUGUAGUAUCUCAUUACUCCCUUAGUUUCAGCUUUUCUCACAAAAACGUUAUGAAUAAAACAGCUGAUCUGCGUCAUGCACACUACCUGUUCGAUAUUUAUGGCUUUAAGGCAUCAGUGAAAGAGGUGAGUUCAAAAAAGGUAAUGUUGUAUAAUACAGCUUACAUCAUUGUUACGGAAGAGAAAAUAUCAUACAGACAGUUAUUUGUGGAAACACUUUCCAUCGUCGGCACCAAUCCAGCCUUCCUCUAUGGAAAAACACUGAUUGAAACCGGUAAAUUACCAAUAGAUUUUUCUAUGCUCUUCAUCCUGAAUCUUCCUUAUCAUGUGAAAGAACCAUCUGAAACGCUACUGGAUGAAUUCUAUAAUCUUUGCGAACACCAGGAGAUACGACAAAACCACGAAUUCCAAAGUACGUGUUACCUAGCUUUAAGUUCGUUAGUUUACGAAGGUUGUGUUCACUCCUAUUACGCUAAAAUUAAUCUUACUACUAAUCCAGUCUACUGCACGCCCAAGACGGCAUCCAAGUUCUUCAAGUACAUUGUCCGCGACUACGAACAGACUACUGAUGAUCAUUAUCGUCUGACUUAUAUAAAAGUCGCUGGAAACAUUGGAGUUAAGGACGGAAUCUCGUAUCUCAAGCCUUUUAUUUUAGGUGAACGUGAUUAUCCUCUACACAUCCGUGUAGCUUCAGUGUGGGCGCUUCAUCGGCUCGUGCACACUUAUUCAGAAGAGGUUAUGUCGAUAGUUGUUCCUCUUUACUUCAACACCAACGAGGAUUACGAGCUUCGGAUUGCAGCCUUUACUGUGCUCAUGUCCACCAAUCCUCCACUUUAUCAACUGGAGACCAUAGCGAAACAUCUGUACGUGGAACCCAGCCAGCAGGUGAUGUCUUUUGUUUACAGCACUUUCAAUCAUCUGGCUAACUCAACCCACCCUUGUCAUAAAAAAAUAUCUAACGAUGUGAGGCAAUCUCUGAGGAUCCUGGAAGAGUACCACCAUUAUCAUCCUGAGUUCGACUAUACCUUCUCACAUAACUUUAUCAAGGUCGGCUAUGAAAAGAAGUUCGACUUCGGUGAAUCUUUGCAGUUUGCUUAUAUUGCUGGCAAAGAUAAUUUUAUCCCAAGAUCGGCUUAUAUCCAGAUCAAUGAUUAUAUGGGUGGACAGUCUUUUGAUAGUUUAGCUAUGGGAUAUCGAGCUGAAGGCCUAGAAAAUUUGAUUGACAGUCUUUUCGCACCUGAAGGUCUAUUUCGAAGGAUGCCGUCAAUAUUCGACGUCUUCAGGCGUCCACGAAACAAUCGUAACAUCAGCCCCAUGAACAAAGAGCUGAAAGAAAUCAACGAAAAAGUGCAUAUCAAGUCACGAAAGAGAAAACCUGUGAAUGGUAACUUCUUCAUUAAGAUUUUCAACAGUGAAAUAACGUUUUUCACCUUCAACGAAAGUACUUUUGACAAUUUGUAUAGUCGUGGUUACAUUGAAAUACCAGACAUUGAGAAGAUCCUUAAAAGUGUGGGCUGCUUCCGUUUAAAACGUUUCUUCGUGGAGUUAGACUUUUUAUAUAUUCUACCGACAGAGGUCGGGUUGCCUGUGUUGUUUGAAUAUAAAUCACCCGGCUUCGUGCAAUACCGCAACAACCACUUCCAGUUCAGCGUGACUCCAUCACUAUUCAGCAAAGAUAGGCACCGUAAGCCACCUACCGAGGUGAAUUUGAACCUUGACGGACACUUUGUAUAUGAUCUCAACACGUUUAUCACUCUGGGAAUAGCAGCUCCAUUUUCACACGGGACUUUUGGGGCUGGAAUCAACACGCGGGCUUACUUGUCGUUGCCCUUUAAUGUGAAUUUCACUGUAGAUCUCACGAACCGAAAGUUUCACGUGAAAUACACACCAGUAACGCCCCACGAUAUUUUUCACUACGAUUUCAUACCUGUCACCUACAUUACUUCCAACUCGAAUUACCGGCCAUCGGAUCAUGGAAAUACUAUCGUUCCAUUACAUAAUGAAAACCACUUGCAUAAGUUUGAGCUCUCCGAUUACCUUGAUGACUUUUUGGGUGUAGGCUUCCAUGUCAAAGGAUUCUCGAAAGAACAUUGGUCAAAUUCCGAACCAUGGUUUAAGUUUCUGACAGAGAAAACCUUUCUGGAAAAUAUGUAUCACCUUAUUGCAAACCCUUAUCACAAUCCAUUCAAAGUUCACGUUACCAUGACAACACCCAUUAGAGAUCGUACAGACAAGUUCGAAGCAGUCUUCAGUUAUGAUUACCAUGGUGCUCAGUUACCUGAUCACAAACACUUUUCGUCCACAUACCACAACUACGCUGAUGAGUACGAUAACUAUGUCCAGUCCCGCACUGACCGAAAGUCAUCCACAUACAUUUUGAAAGCGGAGCUUACUGCCCAUGGUCAGCGAGAGCGAAAAUUGAUUUCCGAACUGACAUAUUCAUUUAGCCGAGACAAUCUGUAUCAUAAAUUUAGUUUCUACUUCGAUAGAACACCUUUCUACUCUGAAGAAAGCGAGAACUUCAAGAUUUGUAUGAAAGGUUCCAUGAAGUAUCCUCGCUAUGACUUUCAACCUCUAUUUGAAUUGAAUACCCAUACCCUCGACCAUAAAGUGAACUUUACCGCUGACUUACACUUCGGACGAGACUGUGAAUCAAACUCCAAAGUAACAUUUAGAGGACAUUUCGAUCGAACGGAGGAGCAACGCUAUUUGGAGGAGCAAAAGCGUCAUAAACUGACCCACGACUACAACAAUCCAUACGCUUACUAUUAUCAAAAGUGUAUAGAAGGUCGUAUAAACAACCACAUAUACAACGAAAACUGUUACUACUAUGUUUUACUAGCUACUCAACUGAGGCAAGUCAUCUUAGACGUUGCAUACGAAAAUAUUCCAGACAAUGUCGGAAACCUAACUCACAAAGCAGAUUACCUCCUAAAAUACUUCCUCUUCCCGUAUAUGGAAAACAAUGACUGCAAUGUGAAUCACGAGGAAAAACACGUUCAUUUUGAGGCUAACCUAUCCAUGUUAACUCCGACAGUGGACAUACGUUUCUACAAACCUCAUGAACAAACCUUCUUCACGCAUGCUCAAAUCCCUGCUGAUGUUCGUCCACUUAACGCUUUUCCUGCUUUCGACUACUCCUAUCUACAAGAAUAUUCUCAUUACUUUAAAAACUCAUUUUGCCGUGUGACAGCUAGCAGAGUGCUAACGUUUGACAAAGUCACUUACGAGUUUCCUUGUACUGUCAGUGACUGCUACCGUAUUGUGGCUAGAGACUGCUCGGAACCGAGCAGCUUCGUCAUUCUUGGUGCCCAUACGUCAAACCCAAAAUAUACUAUGGCAAUGAAGAUGUUCUUUCAUGACUAUAAGAUAGAAGUCUUAUCAGUGUCUGCUAACUCGGGCUUGAUAGUCCGUGUUAACUAUGAACGAGUUUUCGUCACUGAAGAGAAGCCUUUUUUUGAAUAUGUUUUCGAAGGCGGCCGUAGGGAGGAACUGUACUACAUUUCUUAUAAUGGUUUCUACUAUACCUUUCACUCGGACAGAUAUGGUAUCACUGUCUAUUGUGAUGGCAACGCUAUCCAGAUUGAGCUUUCAAGAUACUAUAUUGGCAAACAGUGUGGUUUGUGUGGAGAAUACGACAGUGAUAAAUUCCACGAGCUAACGGGUCCACAAGGUCGGGUAUAUCACAAUAUUUCUUCAUUUGUCUACAGUUACGCUGUACCUGAAGAUACCUGCACUAUUCCAAACUAAUAGAUUUGUUGCUUUUCAUAGACUACUUAAAAUCAGUUCUGGUUUUUCUUUCCUGAAGCUGGUUGCACUCUUCACCGCAACAGUUAUGAGUUCAAUGGCAACAAUUACCAUGAAAUUAAAGCAUGUUUCAUUAUUGUCCCUUAUCCUGUGUGUUCUCCAGGUUUUGUUCACACCAAGACAGUUCAACAGAAGACUAGUUUUCACUCUGAACCAUAAGGAAACAUUCACUCGUACACUACUGAAAAAGGUCAAGAAUUUAGUCUUACAUGAGUAGAAGGACAAAAAAGAAAAUCAUUACGAUUUUAUUGAAUCUCCAGAAGCGUAGCACCAUCCCGGAAAGACACCGAUAAUUAAUGUUUUCAAAACCAUCAUUCCAUACAUUUAUACCUAGCAAAAUUGUUCCCUUGACUUUUUUUAUAAAUUCAUUCAUCUCUUCAAAAAUCAGACUUUUCUGUUUGUUUUUCUUUGCAAAUCAUUUUCACAAUGUAGUAUCAUUUUUAACCAUUUUUACUGUCUUUAAUUUCUAUAUGUAUCUCCUGUAAAUUCAAUCAUUUCACAGUGUUGUCUUCUAAGCACGACGUUGAGUUUAAGAUUGUAUCAACAUACGAAAUACUUGCUCAUAUUCAGUAUCAGAGCUAGGAAUUACAUUACUUAUAAUGAUUUUAGAAAACCAAACUGAAUUUUGAAAUAAACAUAUUACAUAUACAGUU